AUGGCCUCUCAGCCGCAGCCCCUGCACCCUGCCGUGCCCUGCACCUCCCCUGCUGGCACUGGGGGGGCCGGGCUGGCAAGCAGCCCUGAUAAAGGCAGCACUCGUCCCAAGCCACCGGUGCGGCCCAAGCCCCGCGUGCUGCCCAAGCCGGCCGUGCCCGCCAAGCCCCUGGUGCCUCCCCCCACGCCGGGCCCGCGGCACCCCCGGCCCGAGCUGCCCUCGGCCGAGAAGAUGAACCGCCUAGCCGGGCCCCAGCCCUACAGCGGGGCAGGCACCGGGGGGCCCCUCCGGCGCCCCUCCUUCACUGUCAGAUCACCCGAGACCCCCAAUGGGAAGGGGCUCUCGUCGCCCCUGGUCACAGGCACCGAGGAGGAGGUGUCCCCGGCCCCACCAACCCCCUCCCGCAAGGGCCCGGCGCCUUUCAAGGUGACGCCAGUGCCAGUGGCUGCCAGGCCGGAGCGGUUCCCGGGCACUACCGUAGAGGAGAUCCUGGCCAAGAUGGACAGCAGGGAGGGCCCAGGCAGCCCAGACCGGGCCUGGCUCUCACCCUUCUGCACCGACCCCUCCUCCCGCUUUGGCUCCAAGACCUUUUCUGCCUUCCGGAAGCGUCCCAGUGGGGAGGCAGAUGGAGCCCCCGCUGGCGAAGCCCCCCAGACACCCCGACCUGUGGCAGGCGAGCUGGGAAUGGGGGAUGAUGGGCACCCUGUGGCUGAGAUGAGCUCCCCCCCAACCGGGCCGAGCUGUGCCGGGGACCCCCGCGGACGCCGGAGGCCACCAUCCCCUCCUGACCUUUCCACUCUACAGCUCGGUGCCCUUGGACCUCCAGGCUCCCCAAGACCCCCCACCUGCCCAGCCCCAGGAGCUCCUUUCCAGCCUGCAGAGCCCUCUGCCCCAGCCCCUGGCUCCCCUGAUGCCCCCCCUGAGCUCCUGGCCCCCGACUCCCCCACACUGCCCCCUGGCUCCCCCGAAUCCCCCACUCGACCUCCAGUUGAGGUCCCCGUCACCUCCAUCCAGGCCCCAGGUGCUCCUUCAGCCACUGAACCCCAGCACAGCAUCUCCCGUUCCCCUGGCUCCCCACACACUCCAGGGGAGGGAUCCCCUGGCACUGCCAGCCCCCCUGCCACUCCUGAACUGCCCCCACGAGUCACUUGCCCCCCUGGCUCUCCCGAGGCUGCUGCCGAGUACUUGGGCCCCCCCAGCCCACCCCUUGCCAAAGCCUCUCGUCCCCCAGGCUCCCCAGAGGGACCUGAUGACUCCACAGUGUCCUCACGGUCCCAUGAGGGUCCUGAUUUCAACCCCCGUCCCUGGGAUGUGGGCCUCCGGCGCUCCUCAGAGGGGGUGCUGCAGCCCCCGCCCACAGGACAGGGCCUGGGGGAGCUGGGGGGCUCGCUGAGUGCCCUGCCCCGGCCUGGAGACCUCCUGUCAGAGUCCUCCCUGGGCAGCGAGUCCGGCUGGAGCCUUUCCCAGUCCUUUGAGUGGACAUUCCCAUCGCGGGGGACUCGCUUGCCAGCCUUCCCUCCCCGCUCCCCUAUCCGGGAGACCCCUGACUCAGGGCUCUCCGAAGAGGGGGAGUCAGAUGGGGAUGCGGCAGCCCCCUGCCCUCCGAAGGACAGCAGGUUUGAAGGACCUGACAGCCAGCAGGCAGAGGGGGCUCCAUGCCCAGGGGGUCCCGUGGCCCAGCAAGAGGCUGAGGGCUCAGCAGAGGAGGAGGAAAGGGAGGCAGAGCAGGAUGCUCCUGUGUCCCAUUCCCCACUUCACAUGACAAAGCCUGGCCAGGACCCAGCUGAGCCUGAGUCCCCCACCCAGCCCAGUCUCACUAGAGCUGCCCCCCUGGAUCCAGCCCCCCCAGAUCCAGAUGCUCCAGCUGACUCAUCCUGGGCAGGUGAUGGCCCCAAGAGCUUGCAGGGUCCCGGGGGCCCAGGCCAGGCUGAAGGACCCUCGCAGGACCCUGACCCUCACGCUGACCCAGGCUGGCUGACAGAGCUGUUGGCAUCACCCAGGGUCCACGGUUCUCCAGAGAAUCUGCUGGGCUGGUCACGGAAGGACCUAUGCAGUGAGUUUGGUAUUGGCCACCCUCGCCAGGACAGCACCUUUGAGUGGAGCCGCCCAAGUGUGUCCAGGGAUAGAGACUGGCCUGUUGAGACCAAGCAGGACCAGGAAUUCGAGACCAAAUGCAGCUGGGGCAGCACCCACAGCGACAAGGACAGCACUGCCCGGGAGAGCUGGAGUGGUGACUACAGAGCAGCAGAGCUGACGGGGGACACAAAACUGGGCUGCAGUGACUGGUCCCAGUCCCUUGGCACUGGGAAGAGCUGCCCACAGGAUCCAGACUUUAGUGCCAGCACAGCCACGUGGGACCAGGGCUAUGGCAACACAGAGAAGCUUGGCUCUGGACAAACCAGCUGGGGCAGUGGCCUUGGCACGAGACAUGUCCAGCAGCUGGACAAGGAGCCAUGCUCCGGGCAGCCCACCUGGACAGGCAGGUACAGCAGUGGGGACACGGAGAUGAAGGACAGGGAACUCACCCCAAACUGGGCCAGCAAAUACAGCAGCCAGGAUGCUGGGAGCAAGGAGGAGAAUCUAACGCUGGGCUGGGCUGGCAGAUCCAGCACUGGGGAUGCUGGGAGCCCAGAUAAGGAGCUCAGCCCUGGCCGGCCAGCUUGGGACAGGAGGUAUAACCCCAGGGACAUGGAGAGCCAGGACCGCGAGUUCAGUCCUAGCCGGCCAGCCUGGACUGGUGAAAUCAGGGACAUGGAAAGCCAGGACAGGGAGUUCAGCCCCAGCAGGCCAGCCUGGGAUGACAGAUCCAGCACUAAGGACACGGAGAGCCAGGACCAGGAAUUCAGCCCCAGCAGGCCAGCAUGGGAUGACGGAUCCAGCACCAGGGACACAGAGAGCCAGGAUCGGGAAUUCAGCCCCAGCAGGCCAGCCUGGGAUGACAGAUCCAGCACCAGGGAUAUGGAGAGUCAGGACCAGUUCGGUCCCAGCAGGCCAGCAUGGGAUGACACAUCCAGUACCCGGGAUAUGGAGAGCCAGGACCAGGAAUUCAGCCCCAGCAGGCCAGCCUGGGAUGACAGAUCCAGCACCAGGGAGAUGGAGAGCCAGGAUCGGGAAUUCAGCCCCAGCAGGCCAGCCUGGGAUGACAGAUUCAGCACCAGGGAUAUGGAGAGCCAGGACCGGGAAUUCAGUUCUAGCAGGCUGGGUGAAGCUAGUGAAUGCAGCACCAGGGACCUGGAGACCCAGGAUGAGUUCAGUCCCAGCAAAGGUGUCUGGGGUGACAGAUCCAGCACCAGGGACCUGGACACCCAUGACCAUGAAUUCACAUCCAGCAGAGCAGCCAUGGAUGGUAGGCACAGCACCGGCAACACAGAGACCCGGAAUGGAGAGUUGUUCAGCCCCAGCAGAUGUGUCUGGGGUGACAGAUCCAGCACCAGGGAUGCUGAUGCCCAGGACAGAGAGUUGAGCCUCAGUGGAGCAGCCCGGGAUGGGCAGCUCAGCUCUGUGAUCCCUACGGAGGAAGAGCAGGAGCUGAUCCCAGCCCGGCUGAGCUGGCCCAGUGAGGGCAGCAUGGGGCAGACCGGGCUGGUUGGGGUUGGUGAGGAGGACAUGCCCAGCUUCCACCACCCUGAUCCCCCAGCCCAGGAGCCCACCUGGGGCAGUGCCCUCCAGCAAGAGCAUGACAUCUCUGGCAGCAGGGACUGGGCUGAGGAACUUGGAGCAGCUGAGUGCCAGAACCAGUAUGGAGUCAUUGGGACAGAGCGGGUGGCAGACGCCUGCAGUGCCAGAGCCUUGGAUGGCUCCAUGUCCAGGGUCCUGCCUCAGCUCCAGACAGGCUUGCACAAGGAUCUCUCUCUGGACAUGGACAGUGCCCGCUGGAACCAGAACCUGGACAGCUGGAGUGUGGAGCCACAGGAUGAUGAGGCCAGGCGCCAGGAGUGGGCGAGUGCCUUCAGUGCUCGUUGUGCUGCCCGCAGCCGGGACCUUGGUGCAGGGGAGCAGAGCCUGGGAGGGGCCCCCAGCGCAGAGCACAGGUUAGCUCCCAGCCCUUCGAUGGGUGACAUUCCAGCUGAUCCCCGGGCUGUGCAAUCCCGGAGUGAGUCACCCAGCCCCUCCGAGGAGGAGAGGGAUUCCUCUGAGCCAGCCGCUGCCCCACAGAGCCCCAGGGCCCUCCCUCUGCUGCCAGAGGCUGCCAGUGAGAUUCCAGCAGACACAAGAAGUGAGGAACAGCCAUCAGACCGCCCAGAUGGGGAGAGCUCCUCAAGCUGGGGGGAGCAGCGGCUCUCUCUUGUUACCCCCCAACCCGAGGGGCUCUUGGAGCAGGGUCAGGAAUUUCCUCUUCUGGAGGACACAGAGCUCCUGGACAGCAGCGUGUUGCGCUGCAAGGCCAGCCUGGGCCGCAAGCGCCAGCACCGAGCGCCAUCCCUGCGCCCCGCUACCACCGAGGGGGAGAGCUGGAUCUUCCGGGACUCCACGGAACCCCGGCCAGCCCCAGCAGUGUCCUCUGACGACGAGGCAGCGGAGGAGCCCCGGAGCCGGCGGAUGCGUGGCUCACCCUCGGGCAGGGGGGUCAAGGUGCCACUCUUUCCUGGCCUCAGUGCUUCCGCCAUCAAGGCCAAGCUGAGGGGUCGCAACCGCUCAGCCGAGGAGGGGACAUCGUCAGGGGACAGCAAGGGAACCCCUCCUAAGGACCCCCAUGUGCAGCGCUCCAAGUCCUGCAAGAUCCCUGGUGUCAGUGGAAAACCCCCGACCCUACCCCCCAAGCCAGAGAAAUCCUCAGGAUCUGAGGGCUCUCCCCCCCACUGGCUGCAGGCGCUGAAGCUGAAAAGGAAGAAGCCUUGAGCUGGCUCACUCCCCGACGCUGACGGCCCGCUGUCUCUGAACCAGGGCUGUUCCCUCCCAUGGGGACACACACACACACACACACACACACACCUAUGCACUUUGUACGAGCUCGCAGGGUCCCUGUCUUCCCAACACUUCUUCUCCAUCCCCCUAUUGUACCCUGUCAUCUUGGUCCCCAAGGGGUUUGGGGUGGGCACGAGCCCCCCCCUUCCCCUCCCCCUGCUCGUGUAUGGCCCUGGACACAGGGCAACGGGUCCGGCUCGUGGUGCCGCUGCCACAGACAAUAAAACCUCGCUGGUCAUUUCA